AUGCAGCGCCCUGCGGGGGCCCGCCUGCAGGGCCGCUGCUGCCCCAGGCGGGGCACCAGGGUGCAGCAGGUGACCAGGGCGCAGCAGGUGGCGGGGCAGGGCAAGGUGUACAUCGACCCGGUGGAGCAGGAGGCGGCGGCGUUUGCGCCGGCCACCGUCGCCAACCUGGGCCCCGGCUUUGACUGGAUGGGCUGCGCGGUGGAGGGCGACGGCGAUGUGGUGACGGCGCGGGUGCUGCCCGACCGGCCCGGCGAGGUGGUGAUCGAGUCGAUAGAGGGCGAUGGCGGGCGUCUGUCGCUGGAGGCGCCCAAGAACUGCAUAGGCAUCGCGGCGAUCGAGACGCUGCGGCUGCUGGGCGGCGCGCCGUCGUGCGGCGUGGCGCUCACGCUGCGCAAGGGCCUGCCGCUGGGGUCGGGCAUGGGCAGCAGCGCGGCCUCCGCGGCCGCCUCCGCCUGGGCCGUCAACACCCUGUUUGGCUGCCCGCUGAGCAAGGACACGCUCAUCAUCGCGGGGCUGGCCUCGGAGGCGGUGGUCAGCGGGUACCACGCCGACAACAUCGCGCCCGCGCUCAUGGGGGGGUUCAUACUCAUCAGGAGCUGCGACCCGCUGGACCUGCAGCGCCUGCCCUUUGCCGGCGACCUGUGGUUUGUGCUGGUCAACCCGCGGUUUGAGGCGCCCACCUCGGAGAUGCGGGCGGUGCUGCCCAAGGAGAUACCAAUGAAGCAGGUCGUCAACAACUGCGCCAUGGGCGGGUCCCUGGUGGCGGGCAUCCUGGGCGGGGAUGCGGCGCUCAUCGGCAGGGCCCUGGACUCGGACGCCAUCGUGGAGCCGGUGCGCGGGCCCCUCAUACCCGGCUUCCAGGCGGUGAAGGAGGCGGCGCGUGCGGCAGGCGCGUUUGGGUGCACCAUCAGCGGCGCGGGGCCCACCGCGGUGGCCAUUGUGUCGGACCCCGAGGUGGGGCAGCGGGUGAAGGAGGCGAUGGUGGGCGCCUUCAAGGCGGCGGGAGGGCUGGAGGUCAACUCAGCCAAGGUGGUGCGGCUGGACAACGAGGGCGCCAAGCGUGUGUGA